AUGAGUUUUAACCUGGCUAUUGCUCCGUUGCAAUUCUUGAAAAUUUUCUUUGAGAUCAUUAUGACUGAAUAUGUUAACACACUAGAAAAGACAAGCAAUGAAGAAAAGACAAGUUACACAAACUACCUGCAGUGCAAAGCAGAUGCAAAAGAAGAGGAAAAAGAUGUGAUUGGACAAUUUGACCCUGGUUUACAGGGCCCCUCUCCGGAUGAGCUUGAUGGGCCAUUAUUACAGAGACAAGUUCUAGCUAUUAAUGAUUCAGUUGAAGCAAUGAAGAAAUCUUGUGCAUUGGAAGGAUGCUCUCUUCUUGUUAAUACAGGGAUUGGUGAUAAUGAAUGUUUCGUGCUAAACUUAGCAGUCCAUUGUUCGCAGGAUAUCAUUGGCUCAAUGCUUGAAGACAUUGGCACUAUUCGUUUGAUCAGGAAAACAAUUGCUAAGGCAAGGUUUCUCACUGCUUUUAUUUAUGGCCAAACAAAUUUGUUGGCCAUGACACGUCAGUUCACCAGCCAGUGGGAUCUAGUUCAUGUUGGGAUCAGUUAUUACACCACUUGUCUCUUAAACUUGAAGAGCAUUUAUGACAAGAGGAUUGAGUUGAAGGGUAUGUUUAUUUCCAAAGAAUGGGAGGACAGCAAAUGGUCAAAUGGAGCUGUGGACAAGAAAUUCUAUAACCUAGUAGUUAGGAAUGAGUUCUGGCAUGGAGUGCUUUAUACUAUAAACAGUUUUGAACCACUAGUGGAUGUUCUGAGGAGGAUGGGUGGCAGCAGACCCUCUAUGGGGUAUAUAUAUGGUGAGCUUGCAAAAGCUAAAAGAGAAAUUGCCCUGCGUUUUGAGAACAAGGAAGAACACUAUUUGCCAAUAUGGGAUGAGAUAGAUUUCAGAUUAAAUGAUGCCCUUAAGACACCAUUGCACCUAGCUGGUUUUUAUCUGAAUCCAUUCUUUACUAUCAAUCCAAAGAUGAUAUUGAAGAUGCCGGAAUCUUCAGAGGUAACAUUUUCCCUAUCUGUAGUUUCUUGGUGGGAAUUACAUGGCGUUGCAGCAAAGGAGUUGAGCACAAUGGCAAUGAGGCUGUUGAGGUUAACUUGUGGCUCACUGGCAUAUGAGGAAAGUUGGAUCAAGAAGCUUCAUAAUAAGAAACCUUGUUGGGUUAAACGUAAGCAAUUCGAGGAUUCAAUGUUUGUGACGGUAAACAGGAGGAUACAAGGGAAAGCUCAAAUGACAAACAGAGAUCCUGUACUUGCAUACAUUCCUGAUGAAGAUGAACCUUUUGAAUGGCUGGUGGGCAGGUCUCGCGACUGUGCUGAACAAGAUGUGGAUGAGGAUAGUGAUGAAGAACCACCAAGGCGCUCCGGCAACAAGCAGACAUCAUCCAGUGCCUCAUACUCAAAGCGAGUGAAGAGGCCACGGUCUGGGAAAGGGUUUCUCUGGGACAACAAGCAUGAGGGAAGCGAUGGAGAAGUCAGCCUCUGA